UAAUUAAUACAUUUAAUACUACAACUUAUAUAUCUACUAAUACUUUUACUAUGUCUAAUAUUACACCUACUACUAUUACAACUACUAUGCUAACUACUAUAUCAACUAUUAUACCAACUACUAUGGCAACUACUAUAUUAACUACUUUGCUAACUACUAUAUUAACUACUAUGCCAACUAUUAUGCCAACUACUAUGCCAACUACUAUGCCAACUACUAUGCCAACUACUAUGCCAACUACUAUGCCAACUACUAUGCCAACUACUAUGUCAACUACUACAUCUAUUAUACCUACUACUACACAUAUUACAACUAUUACUAAGCCUACCACUAUGCCUGUUACUUUAAAAAUAUUAAAAAUACCAAAAAAAUUAGAAACAACAAUUGGAAUUAUAAAACAACUUAAAACUGAAAUUAAUGUAAUAAUAGACUUAUACAAUAGUGAAGAUGAAGACUCAAAUAAUAGAUAA